UCUGAACAAUAUUAAUCUAUUUAUAAUUUUGUAAUACUAUUUUAUACACAUCUUAAUAAUGCGUUAAGUUCGUGGUUUUUAUUUUGUAAAAUACUUCUUAUGAAUAAAUGAAUGUAUUCUAAAUUAUAACUUGUUAAGACAAAAUGCAGCAGUAAAAAUACAUUCAGUUUACUAAAAAACUCCCUAAGUAUUGUGUUUCCCCGAUAUGAUCCGCCAAGGGAGCAUUGAUGAUAUAAAUGCACAGCAAUUUCUAAAGAUUUCCAACUAUGAAGAUACAGUUAGGCAACUUGAUAUAUACUAUGCCAUAGUUAAGAGACAGUUAUUGAGAUUUCAGAGCCCUAUAACUGGGCUGUUCCCAGUGUUAUCUUCAGAUCUACAUAUCGGAAGUGUAAGGGACAGUAUAUAUUGUGCUGCUGCAGUAUGGGGAUUGCAUCAAGCUUAUAGGCGGAUUGAUGACGACAGAGGAAAGUCCCAUGAAUUAGGACAGAGCACAGUAAAAUGCAUGCGUGGCAUACUUGAAUGUUGGAUCAAACAAUCAGCACGAGUGGAGGCCUUUAAGACCAGACAGAGUGCAGCACAUGCCCUCCAUGUUAAGUUUCAUCUUACUACUGGAGAACCUGUACUAAGUGAUGAUCAAUAUCAUCACCUUCAGAUUGAUGUGAUAUCUCUCUAUCUGCUUUUUCUUGUUCAAAUGAUUACAUCCGGCCUUCAAAUUAUUUACACACAGGAUGAAGUGGCUUUUGUACAAAAUUUAGUAUACUAUGUGGAACGCGCAUAUCGCACACCCGAUUAUGGCAUGUGGGAGAGAGGAACUAAAUACAAUGAUGGAAAACCAGAGAUUCAUGCCUCAUCUAUUGGCAUGGCUAAGGCGGCCCUGGAGGCCAUCAAUGGCUGCAACCUGUUUGGCGACAAGGGCGCGUCGUGGAGCGUGGUGUACGUGGACAUCGACGCGCACAACCGCAACCGGAGCAUCUUCGAGACCAUGCUACCGAGGGAGUCCAGUUCCAAGGGGGUCGAUGCGGCACUUCUACCAACGAUAUCUUUUCCCGCAUUCGCCACACACGAGGAAUUGUUGCUGCAGUUGACUAAAAAUAACAUAUUAAAUCGUUUGCAAGGAAAAUAUGGAUUUAAAAGAUUUAGCCGAGAUGGCUGCAAGUGUGUCCUAGAAGAUCCAAAUAGGAGAUACUAUAAUGAAGGCGAGUUAAAGGAGUUCGAAGGCGUCGAAUCAGAAUGGCCCCUAUUCUACGUGAUGAUGAUUAUCGAUGGUGUUUUUCGAACAUUACCCGAUCAGGUCGAAGAGUACCAGAAACUGUUGAAGUCUCGGAUAUAUAUGGAUGAGUACGGAGACCCUGUUAUUCCAUGGUACUACUACGUUCCGAAGGAGGGAAUUGAGAAUGAACGCAGUGAACCAUACUCCGUACGACGGCUGCCUGCCAACCAACCGGGUGACGAAGAGAACAAAGACACAGGUGGGUUAUUCCUCUGGGCGCAGUCGCUAUUCGUCAUAGCUCAGCUGCUGACUGGAGGCUUGCUGCAUGUCAACGAGCUGGACCCCAUUAGGCGGUACUUGCCCUCGUAUAACCGCCCGAGACGCGCCGGACGAUAUUCAGCUUUCCAGGCAAAACCGGCAUUUGGUAUAGCUACGGACCUGGUGGUCCAAGUCGUUCUGAUCGCAGAAUCGAUGCGUCUCCAAGCUAUGUUGGGAACGUACGGAAUCCAAACGCAGACACCACAUGAAGUUGAACCUGUCCAGAUAUGCAGUUCUACACAGCUCGUGCAUGUGUAUAGAGAGCUGGGAGUGUGUGGGAAACUGAAGCUGACGGGUAGACCGAUUCGACCAGUUGGCUCGCUCGGCACAAGUAAGAUUUACAGGGUGUGCGGCAUGACAGUGCUGUGCUAUCCGCUAAUAUUUGAGGUGUCUGAGUUCUACUUGUAUAGGGAUAUGGCUUUGCUUAUAGAUGAUAUAAAGACUGAACUGCAGUUUGUUGGCAAAUAUUGGCGUCUGUCAGGGCGUCCCACGGUUUGCCUGCUGGUCCGCGAGGAACACAUGAGAGACCCACACUUCAAGCAAAUGCUAGACCUUUUCGCGAUGCUUAAAAAAGGUCACUGUGACGGAGUCAAAGUCCGCCUCGGAAGGCUUCAGAAUCUCAUUUCAAGUUCUUGUAUUGAACAUUUGGAUUUCAUGAGCCAGGGCGAGUUUCCGUCGGAGAUGUUCACGCAGUUCAAGCAGCUGCAACACGACUACAUCGGCUACCAGUCGCUCACUGACGUGCCGCGCACGCUCACCUACCGGGAACAGAACCUCGACCUGCAGGCCUACAGCCAGCGCUCCACGCCCGACGUGCUGGACGCGCUGCGCACCACCGACAACAUCUUCGCGCAGAGCCAGCUCUGGGGCAUACUGCUGGAGCGGGAGGGGCCCAUGUACGAGGUGAAUGGCACGAGCACGCUGGAGGCGCUGAAGGCGCUGUACGGCAGCGCUGGCGUGCUGCGCCACUGGCGCGCCGUGCGCUACUGCUCGUCGCUGCUGAGCCACACCGUUGACUCCAUCAGCCCCUUCAUCACCACCGUGCUCGUCAGCGGGAAGCAGUUAACCGUCGGCGUGAUCGGGCGCAAAGAGACUGUGUUCGACAAGCCUAUGACGCCCGGCGAGAUCCAGUCAGUUAUGUAUUCCACGAUACAGCCGUAUGACAUCAUUGGUGCUGUACUGCAGCAGGAAAUAGUUCUCUAUUGCGGUCGCCUGAUCGGUACCAACCCAGAUAUGUUCCGCGGAAUCCUCAAGAUCCGCGUGGGCUGGGUGCUGGAGGCGAUACGUAUUUAUUUGGACUUGUUCCCGGAGGAGAAGCGGGCGGACGCCACGCUCGAGAGCCUCUCGCCGUUUAAGCUACGGACAUUGCUACAAAAGGUGCUCACCGUGUCCGACUGGGCCGAAGAAAAAGGAUUGACGCCCUUGCAACGAAGAAGAUUAGAAGGCUGCCUGUGUCGCGUUCCAAAACAUUUUUACGUUCAAGUAUGGGAUAUCCUACUGCGAACGCCCAACGGAAUCGUAGUCGAGGGGCACGCGAUCCCGGCGCAGCCCACGCUGGUGAACAUGUCGCGCUCGGAGCUGUCGUUCGCGCUGCUGGUGGAGGAGGCGCUGGUGCGCGUGCCGUCGGCCGAGCGGCGCCAGCUGUGCGUGGAGCUGCUGUGUGUGCUGGCCACCAUCCUGCGGCGCAACCCCGAGCUGUACCUGCAGCAAGCGCUGCACCUCGAUCGACUGCUGGACGACGCAGACACCACCUACGCGAAGGACAGCGGGCUGGCGCGCGGCUCGCUGAGCGCGGCGGCGCCGGGCGUGUCGCUCGGCUACCUGGCGCGCGCCGUCGUCAACUCCGUGCUGCAGGCCGCCGCCGCGCCCGCCUCCGCCGCCCCGCACGACCACGACUCCUGCCUCGUCGCCUAGCGCCCCCGACCCGCCCUCGUAUGCCGAGAUGAAUUCUUCGAAUGAUGUGAUAGUUUUUGUAAUAUUAACAGAAAUGUUUAUUUUCUUAAAUUAUUCUAUAUCGUGUUGAGGGAGAAGUGAGUCCUGAUUUACGAAGUGACUACUCGUUUAGUUGAUGAACUUUAACCGAUUUUAUGUAUUCCGGAAUUAUUUAAAUAAAACGGCAAUCAUGUUAAA